GACGACGUGGGUCGCGGCUCGGUGUCCGCCCUGUCGCGCGGCCGCGGUUCUGAGGGACGGAAACCCGGUGACGGCCGCGCCCGCGACCCUAAUGGCUGCGCCGGGAGAUGCGGCCCAGGCCUAUGCAAACUUUGAGGAUGUGGUCUUUUCCUUCACCCCAGAGGAGUGGGGGUUCCUUGAUGAAGCUCAGAGGCAACUGUACCUCAAUGUGAUGCUGGAGACCUUUGCCCUUGUGACCUCUGUAGGUUGUGGGCAUGAAGUAGACGGUUGGGCAUCAUCUGUGCCCCGUGUGUCUUUGGGUGGAAAGUCACAUGUGACAAGUCCACAGAUAUGUCCACCCACCCAGAAGACUCACUCCUGCAGCAUCUGUGUUCUCGUCUUGAAAGACAUCUUGUACCUGGCUCUUCCUCCGGUGCAGCAGCCCUGCUUGCCUGAGGCGAAUGCAGAUGUCCAUCAGCACCAGGACCAUCAGAGGGAGGAGGAGCCAGUGGCGUGGGGUGUGGAUGGGACUGCGCUUGAGGAAAACUCUGACUACCUCGUGUGGGGACAGCGAUUCCAAUUUGAGGACCUCUGGAAGGAUCUGUCUGCAUUUUCUCACUUCCUGCAACCCCCAGUCAUCCCCCACUGUGAGGGCCCGCACACCACCCAGCUUUGGGAAGCAUUUCACUACGGGAGGAGCUACUACGACUUCUUUCAGUGGACAAAAGCUUCCAGCCAUGAAAAUACAGCUUUUCCCAACCUGAGUGUGUAUCCUGGAGAAAAUCUUUAUGAGCACAGCGUGUGUGAGAGACCAUUCCACACUCAGUACUCCCUUGUCCCAUUUCCAACAGUCCAUCCGGCAGAAAGAACCCAUGAGUGCAGCGAGUGUGGGAAACUGUUCAAGCGCCGAGCAGCCCUGUAUAUCCACCAGCGGAUCCACACCGGGGAACGGCCAUAUGGGUGCGGGGAGUGCGGGAAGUUCUUCCAGCGCAGAGCAGCCCUCUCCGUGCACCAGCGGAUCCACACAGGCGAGCGGCCCUACGAGUGCGGGGAGUGUGGGAAAUGCUUUAAGGAUGGCUACGCCCUCACUGUGCACCAGCGGGUGCACACCGGGGAGCGGCCCUACGUGUGCAGGGACUGUGGAAAGUCCUUCAAGCGCGGAGGUGACCUGAUCGUGCACCAGCGGGUGCAUACCGGGGAGCGGCCCUACGUGUGCACAUACUGUGGGAAGGCUUUUAAGCGUGGAGGUGAGCUCACCGUGCAUCAGCGAGGCCACACAGGGGAGCGGCCCUAUGAGUGUGGUGAGUGUGGCAAAUCCUUUAAGCUAAGAAAUGGUCUCAUCGUGCACCAGAGAGGCCACACGGGCGAGAGGCCUUAUGUGUGUGCCUACUGUGGCAAGUCAUUCAAGGAGAAGAGCGUCCUCACUGUGCACCAGAGGAUCCACACGGGGGAGAGGCCCUACCAGUGCCGCAUCUGUGGGAAGUCCUUUAAGGAAAGAAGCGUCCUUUCCGUGCACCAGCGGGUGCACAACGUGGAGAGGCCGUACGAGUGUGCAGAGUGUGGGCGCUCCUUCAAGCGGGGCUAUGACCUCACUGUGCACCAGAGAGUACACACCGGGGAGAGGCCAUACGUGUGUGCUGACUGCGGCAAGUCCUAUAAACGAGGGAGCAACCUCACCGAGCAUCAGAGAGCGCACAUGAAAGAAGGCACUUACGAGUGCAGAAGUUUCGGGAAACCUUUGACUCGGCGUGCUAAUGUCACCAGUCUCUACCGAGUUCAUGAGGGAGAGAAACCUUACGAGUACAGCGGACGUGAUAAACCUUUUUGGUAUGAAUCCAGUAUUGUUCAACACCCGUAAAGCAACAUGGAGCAAACCCAUAAGGCCCAGCGCUGGUGGCUCACGCCUGCAAUCCUAGCUACUCAGGAGGCUGAGAUCUGAGGAUCAUGG